AUGCUGCCCAAUGAGAUGCCGACAAGGGUACUCGACGUGGGUGUCAGGGACGAAGAUCCAAUCCGACUACAUGAGCCUGUGGGUUCAUCCAUACGCUACAUGUGCCUCUCCUACUGCUGGGGCGGCGCGAAGUUUCUCAAAACCACCAGAGCGAAUUACGACAAACACAAGCAAGAAAUCCGACUGGACGAGUUACCACAGCUCUUCCAGGACGCAGUCAGAGUGACUCGCUCUUUGGGAGUCCGUUACCUAUGGAUCGAUGCUCUAUGCAUCAUCCAGGACGACAUCAACCUUACAGACUGGAAGCGAGAAUCCGUCCGCAUGGCGAGUGUCUUCCAAAACUCUUACCUCACCAUCUCAGCAACGCGGGCCCCGUCACCACAUAGUAGUCUCUUUGCGAAAAUGGAGACUACGCAAGUCGGCCCGGUUAUGGUACGCAAGAUACUCCAUGCUCCGCCCAUUAGGAUGAGGGAGGGUAUGGAGGGGACUGAAUGGGCCAGCAACUUCCCACUGUUCAGACGUGGUUGGGCAUUCCAGGAACGCAUGCUCUCACCUCGGGUCGUUCACUUUGGUCCGCAUGAGAUAGAGUGGGAUUGCAUGAAGCGCCGUGCCUGCCAAUGCAUCCCGGAUACCGAAGAGGAUAUCCCAGCGUCAUUCCUGUGGGGUGUUGGUACAGGUCUUGACCUAACGGCAACACUCUUGGAGAUAUCAUCGAUCAAACAGCGGGGGACCUUGGAUCGGGUCUGUGCCAGGAUACCGUUCGGCAUACCCCUCAAGCCAUCCGAAUUUCUCCACAUGAAGAAGACAGAUGAUCGCCUGGCUAUUGCAAAAGUCUGGCAUACGACCGUGACAAAUUUCUCGCCGCUGGAGUUGACUGAUAAGUCGGACAGACUAGCAGCCAUCUCCGGCAUGGCCGAAGCAAUGCAAAGGAAUACCUCGAACUGGCAAUACCUGGCUGGCCUGUGGAAGGAAACACUGUUGCUGGAUCUAUGCUGGCAUACAAGCCCUUACUCUCGGAUUGACAAGGAUGAUCGGCGUCAGCCUACCUGGUCUUGGGCGUUUCUCGACGGCCGCGCGUUCAUGCCUAUUGCAGAAUGGGCCGACAUCGACGAUGCGGGAUGGAAACUCCAGUGGGAAGAGUACGCGAAAGUGGUCGACGCCUCAUGUACACUAGCUACACACUCGUCUACCGGUCUGGUUCUAGACGGUUGUCUUGAGCUGCGCUGUCGUCUUAUUCCGUUUGAUCAUUCCUUGCAUCAGAUGUUGCGGGACUUUACCUUCCUUGAUGAAUAUGGCUCCUGUUGCUGUGAAGCGCAGGAAAGGCUAUACUUUGUGCCUGUGGGAUCUUUUACAUACAAAAAAUCGUCGAGGCAUCUGGGGCUCAUUCUUGAGCGUAUCGGGGAAGAUAAGUCGUCGGAUAUGGUUCGCUUGGGUGCUGUCGUGAUUCCCAUUGGAAAGAUCUCUCGAACUCGCUUCGAUGGGUUCCGGUCAAGAUCCCAUGAUGAGCAGGCGGCAACUCAUGCUUUUCGGGCGUUUAAGGAGGCGACAGGGAACGAGAUGGUCAAGAUUCGGAUCUUUUAA